CAGCUUGAUUCAAACAUGUUCAAUUUAGCAGACGCUCUCAAGCAUUGAACACGCUAUUCAAAUAUUUCUGAUAAACAUUUCACUAAAAGCAUAUUUAUGACUAUUGCUAAGUAUAUGAGAGUAUGUUAUCCUGUUCGUGUGAGACUUAGAGGUGUCUGAAUUUAACACUAGACAAAUUUGGAUAUUAACUAUAAAACUUUGGACAAAAUGUAUAGGAAAUUAAAAAUAUUUUGGACAAGUUUAUGGAUUUACAUCUUAACAUGGCACCUGAGUGUAGCAGAGCAACUCUGUGAUUUCCCAGUAGAAUGGCAGGGGUUGUGGUUCCUCCAGUCCCAGCCUGUGUACAUACGUCAACACACAUGGGGGCUAGCAGCGUCCCAACAGGAAGACUCACAGGCCAAGUGUCGCAAGACAGAGGGCCCUUACUACCUGUUAGAGCAGAAGAGAAGUGAUCAGCCAAAUUGUUGGAAAUGCAUCCAUGUAACUCCAAGACAUGCAAAUGUUCUUCAAUAUAAACAAAGUUAUUGUCAUCCAGGUAGAAAAACAUUCCAUGACUUGUGUUAUGCUGACAUAGACCCAACAAGCCAUCUCCAAACAUUAGUCAGAGAUGGUGGUCUCCCAGUGCCAUGUCCGUUUGAAGGGGCAUUCCUGUUCAGCUACAACAAUAACUCUGGCAGGUGUCAGGACCCUCUCUCAUCAAUGAUGGAGUGUAGCAGUAGAUCUCAGUUCCAGAUUGAGUUCAAGCAUUGUUAUGGCAUAGAUGAUACCUAUGAUAGAGUUGCUGGAUUACAAUGUCUGGCUACAUGGAAAGAUGGCACUGAUGACUACAUGUACACCAAGAUGCAUGGUCCUGGCUUCACUGACACAGAUAACACAUACAGAUGCAUUAGGUUCCAUGAUCUAGGCACCAGUGCUAUGAGACUAGCAAUGUCUUCAGACUCAACAUGUUUCAACAUGAAUGAUCCAACUGAUGAGUAUAUGGAGGAUUUAGAGUUUGAUCUAACAAGAAAUCACAUCUGGCCAUCGGCUCAGUGUGAAUAUCCACAGUGGAUUCAUAGGAAAAUCUGGCGCAAUAUUGCUGGCACCAAAAUACUGCAAUCUGAUGGAAGCCAUUCAUCUCUAGAAGUGUACCACUUGGUCAAGCCGGAUGGCACCCUCGAUGAUGUCAUCGGGAAAAUGAAGUGCAUCAGUAGUUUUGAAGAGCAUGAAAGACUCUUCAAGUUUGUUAGUUUUACCACAACUGGAUGCGUGUCAAAGUUUCAAUGUAUUGUGAUCCACAGAAGAAAUCACCAUGUGUUGGAGGUCGAGAAAAGUGAUUUGUAUAACACGAGAGAAGAGGCAGUACAUGGCUGUUUACACUUCACUCCACAGGAACGGACUAUCAUAUUCAAUGCAACCUCCCAUGGCUCUCCCUGUCCAUUGAUUGGUCGCUUUGAUGAAGAGAAUAUAUUUUGUUCAACAACAGUGAAGGGAAGAUGCCCUAAGAAUGACAGCAUUUCCAUAGAUACCGAUUGUCUUGGAAAAGAAGAUGUGCAUUGGCAGUGUUUAGCACAUUGGCACCACAAGAAACAUCAAUACUUUAUAGUUACCAAUGAGGGCUUGAAGCACCAGGGGCAGCUGGCUAAUUGUUUAAGUUUAAAACAUAGAAGGAGUGGUGCCAUAGUAGAUAUAGAAACAGACAAUUGGUGUAAUGACAAUGCGCCAUCUAUAAUGUCCACUUCUAUAGAUUAUAGUCUGAGGUUGCUUGGGCCAGAAUGUGAUCCGAAGGUCAAAGCAAAUGUUGUAGAGCCCCAGGAGACCACUUAUGAUGAGAGUACUGGGGAGGCUACAAGACUAAAUGUAUACUCUAACCUCAUGGUCGUUACAUAUCUUAUUAGUGUUCUAAUUAUUAUAGCAGAUUUAAGGUAG